CCUCCACCACCCGUGAAGUCACCACCACCACCAUACGUGUACUCAUCACCUCCACCACCCGUGAAGUCACCACCACCACCGUACUACUACUCAUCACCUCCACCACCCGUGAAGUCACCACCACCACCAUAUGUGUACUCAUCACCUCCACCACCCGUAAAGUCACCACCACCACCGUACGUGUACUCAUCACCUCCACCACCCGUGAAGUCACCUCCACCACCAUACGUUUACUCAUCACCUCCACCACCUUUGAAGUCACCGCCACCACCGUACGUGUACGCAUCACCUCCACCACCGGUAAAGUCACCGCCACCACCGUACGUGUACUCAUCACCUCCACCACCCGUAAAGUCACCGCCACCACCCUAUGUGUACUCAUCACCUCCACCACCCGUAAAAUCACCGCCACCACCAUAUGUCUACUCAUCACCUCCACCACCCGUAAAAUCACCGCCACCGCCAUACGUCUACUCAUCUCCUCCACCACCCGUAAAGUCACCUCCACCACCGGCAUACAUCUACGCCUCCCCGCCUCCUCCAACCCAUUAUUAAGCUCUGAAAAAUCAGUCAGUCUAGGAUUCCGAAUAAAAGAAGGCUUCCGCUACCAACUUCUCAGAGCAACUAUUUUAUUCAUGAAUAAGGUUCUUCAAGCAUUAAAAAGCAUCAGAGUUUGCGUGUUGGACCAGUUUUCAUCUAGUUCUGUUGCUGUUAUCCUCCAUAUUUUCGCUGCUAUAUCUUCAAGUACUGGAAGUGGCUCAAACAUACAUUAUCUGUUUGGACAAAGAAGAUUUUAGACAGUGAAAAGUAAUUGCAUCUAAGGGCAGUGUUUGUUCUUAUAUUAUUGUACAGUGGAUGGCUUUGUUUGGUUGAAAUUUAUAUUCAUUACCAUUCUUUCUUUCGUCUCUUGUGCUCUCUCAACUCAAUGUUUCUAAUAAAAGCAAUUGAUUUUU